CAUCGGCGUGUGACGGAUGGGAGGCCAAGGGCUGACAGAGCUCUUUGGAGAGGGACUGAAAGAGAAGAGAGGGAAGGAGGGAAUGAAAGAGAGAAAGAAAGAAAGAAAGAGGCUGGCCCUGCACAGGCGUCUCUCAUGGCCUUCUGACGUAGGUCUGACACAUAGAGACGGCUUUGGCUUGGCCUCCUUUUCCUCCUCCUCUUGAAUAUUCAUGGCUGCUGGACUUCUGGGGAACAAGAGGGAAGGCCACACAUUUGCUGCCAUUGCCUCCAUGCAAGGGGCAGCUCUUUGCUAAUAUUUACCAAGAGGUCAGUAGGUGCAAAGCCAAGGCGCAUCAUCGCAGCAUUGGUUGCUCUAUAUACCUCUUCUUUUUGGAAAGAAAAGCAAGGAGGGACACUGCCAAAGCAUUGCAAAAGCAUUGCAAAAGCGAGGCCUAGGUUUGCAGCUUGGGCAACGAUGAUGGAAGGAGGCGAAGGAGCCGUGGGAAGAAGGGACAUGUGCGCAUGACGUGUGUCCAAGGGUCUCUUUCAUCGGGCGCACGGGGGGAGAAGAAAGGGCCGCUUAAGCCGUAGCAGCAUGGAGAGCUUUUUGUAACUACUCCGCACAAAAGGAGGAAGACAUUUUGGGAAGGACCCAGGAGAGACACAUCAGAGCAAAGUGGUGCCCAAGGCAGAGAUGGCCUCUUCCCAACCGGGUUCUUCGCUAGGAGACAGGGCCGCGACUUCUGGCCCCCCCGAGGUUUUGGCAGAGGGAGACGAAGAUACGGGGGAGCCCUUCGACUUCGAGGACAGCGAGGAAGAAGAGGAGGACGAAGAGGAGGACAUCGCUCGGCUAGUGGUCAGCAACGCCCGGACGGAGCUGGGGUCCAGGGGAGCUCUCCAAGACCCUCCGUCCAGGAGAAGGUCCAGCAUCAGCGAUGACCUGGAGCCCUUGGAUGAAUGGGAGGCUGAGGAAGCACUCCUGGAGGAUCGGGCCCCUUUGCUGACCUCUUCCGAUUCGGGGAGCCAUCUUGAUCCUUUCGGCUCUCAGACCCAGCCAGAGUUUCUGGGUGUCGUGCGCAAUGGAGACGUCGGGAAUGCGCAGAGCGGGAUGCGGGUCUACAGCUGGAAAAGGAAGACCUUGCGCCGAGCGGCGUCAACAGGUGGUCCGGUCGUCCCCCCGGCGGCCGAAGAGGACGUGAUCUACGACGACGUUCCUUACGAAAGCGCAGAGCCGGAGCAAUGUGAUUCAGACAGAAACCUUAUUUAUGAAGAUGUCCAUCAUGACAAGGAGCCUCAAGAAGCUGAGGAUCUAGGAUGGAGCUCCAGCGAGUUCGAAAGCUACAGCGAAGACUCGGCGGAUGAGACCAAGCUGGAAGCCGAACCCGCCAAGCCCAAGGUCUCCUUCCAACCAAAGCAGCUUUCUCCAGACCUCCACAGACUAAAGGAAAGAUACACCAGGACUAAGAGGGACAUCCUGGCUUUGAAAGUCGGGGGCAGAGACAUGCAGGAGCUGAAGCAAAGAUAUGAUUGCAAGAUGACCCAGUUGAUGAAAGCGGCCAAGAGCGGCACCAAGGACGGUCUGGAGAAGACCAAGAUCGCCAUGAUCCGGACGUUCCUGCACAAGAAGGAAGCCCCAGGGGACGGAGAGGCAAGUAGGAGCGUCCCGGACGUAGGACGGAAGCGCUCCUUAUCCUGGACGGGGGAACUCUGCAAAGCCCACUGGCCAAGCUCCGAGAUCGGUGAUUCGGAAGAGGAAGACAUGGGGUUCUUGGAGGUCCCAGUGACAGCUAUGAAGCAACUCCUUCCAGAGUUGGGCCCAAUGCCUGAAGGAUUGAGCCCUCAACAGGUUGUCCGGCGACACAUCCUCGGCUCCAUUGUGCAAAGCGAGAGGAGCUACGUCGACUCCUUGCGGCGGAUCUUGCAGGACUACAGGAACCCCUUGAUGGAGAUGGAGCCCAAAGUGCUCAGCGCCAGGAAAUGCCAGGUGGUUUUCUUCCGGGUCAAGGAGAUACUCCAGUGCCACUCCAUGUUCCAGAUCGCCUUGUCGUCGCGUGUCGUGGAGUGGGAUACGACGGAGAAGAUCGGUGACCUCUUUGUAGCCUCAUUUUCCAAGUCAAUGGUGUUGGACGUGUACAGCGAGUACGUCAACAACUUCACCAGCGCCAUGUCCUUGAUCAAGAAGGCCUGCCUCACCAAACCUGCCUUCCUGGAGUUCCUCAAGAAGAGACAGAUGGCCAGCGUAGACCGGGUGACCCUUUACGGUUUGAUGGUGAAGCCCAUCCAAAGGUUUCCACAAUUCAUUCUUCUGCUGCAGGACAUGCUGAAGAACACCCCAAAAGGCCACGCGGACCGACUUUCUCUCCAGCUGGCCCUCACCGAACUGGAAACCCUGGCGGAGAAACUCAAUGAGCAAAAGCGUCUGGCGGACCAAGUGGCUGAGAUCCAGCAGCUGACCAAGAGCGUCAGUGACCGCAGCAGCCUCAACAAGUUGUUAACCUCGGGUCAGCGCCAACUGUUGCUCUGUGAGACUUUGACGGAGACGGUUUACGGAGACCGAGGUCAACUGAUCAAGUCCAAGGAGCGGAAGGUGUUCCUCUUGAACGACAUGCUGGUCUGCGCCAAUAUCAAUUUCAAGCCAGUGGACACCGGGGGUCAGCUUGAGAUCAGCAGUCUGGUCCCUCUGGGGCCCAAGUACAUCGUGAAGUGGAACGCCGCUCUUCCGCAGGUCCAAGUGGUGGAAGUUGGGCAGGAGAGCAGCGCCCAGGACAAGGACCACGUCGUCAUCCAGAACGUGGCGUCCAAGCGGCACAUGCCCAGCAGCCAGUCCUCUGCCCACAAUAAAGUCUACUUGGGUCCCCCUCGGCUGUUUCAGGAGCUCCAAGACCUUCAGAAGGACCUUGCAGUGGUGGAGCAAAUAACUCUCCUCAUCAGUACCCUCCAUGGCACCUACCAGAACCUGAACAUGACGGUGGCGCAGGACUGGUGCCUUGCCCUCCAAAGGCUGGUGAGGGUCAAGGAGGAAGAGAUCCAUUCUGCAAACAAGUGCCGCCUCCGUCUCCUCCUUCCAGGAAAACCGGACAAGUCCGGCCGACCCAUCAGCGUCAUGGUGGUUUUCAUCACUCCCAACCCUCUCAGCAAAAUCUCCUGGGUCAACCGCUUGCAUUUGGCCAAAAUUGCUCUCCGGGAAGAAAACCAGCCUGGCUGGCUGUGUCCCGAGGAAGACAAGAAGAGCAAAGCUCCUUUCUGGUGCCCCAUCCUGGUCUGCCGUCUCCCCGCUUUCUCCUCCAGAGCCCUGGACUUGCAGCUGGGUGCUGCUAUCCACAGUCCGGUCCAUUCUUCGCUGCUGGGUUUCUCCGCCGUCAGCACAUCCCUCCCGCAAGGCUACCUCUGGGUUGGCGGUGGCCAGGAAGGGUCCGGCGGCCAAGUGGAGAUCUUCUCCUUGAACCGCUCCAUGCCUCGGACAGUCAAGUCCUUCCCGGUGGCCUCCCAGGUCCUGUGCGCGGAAUAUAUUCCGGAGCGGAGCGAAGGCGAGAGAGAGGAAGACUCCGAAACGGCCGCCGACCAAAGCUUGCCGGUGCAACCUGCCAUUUGCCUGGGGCUACAGGAUGGCAGCAUCCUGGUUUAUGGGAGCGUGGACACGGGGACGCAGUGUUUGCUGACGGCCAAAAGCCCCGGACUCCAGCCGGUCCUUUGUUUGAAACACAGCUCCGAUUAUCUCUUCGCUGGAUUGCAGGACGGAACCGUCGCUGCCUACGCCAGAAGCAAUGCCGCCGGGGGACUCUGGGAUGCCGAAGCCCAGCCAACCUGCCUGACGGUCGGACUGGCGCCGGUGCGGACGCUGCUUACCUUGGACGACGCCUUGUGGGCCAGCAGUGGCAACCAGAUCACCGUCUUCGCGGCGUCCAGCCUCAAAGCGCAGCAAACCUUUGAGGCCCAUCCGGAGGAGGAUGCCAGCGUUGCGCACAUGAUCAAGGCGGGCAGCGGCGUCUGGAUGGCCUUCUCUUCUGGCUCCUCCAUCCGCCUCUUCCACACCGAGACCCUGGAGCUGCUGCAGGAAAUCAACGUGGCGACGCGGACCACUUUCGCCUUGCCAGGCCAGAAGAACGUCCGGGUCACCAGUCUCCUGAUUUGCCAGGGCCUCUUGUGGGUUGGCACUGACCUGGGCAUCCUGGUCCUGCUGCCAGUGCCAAGGCUGGAAGGGAUCCCCAAAAUCACAGGGAAAGGCAUGGUCUCCCUCAAUGGGCACUGUGGCCCCGUGGAGUUCUUGGCGGUCGCCCUCAGCACCUUGGCACCGGAGAUAUUGAAGAGUGACAAAGAGGAGGACCCGGCCACUGAACCCCCUUCCACGGAGGAGGAGAAGUCGGAGGGCAGGUCUUCGGACCCAGCCGCUCAAGAAAGCCACCCCACGACGAGGGAGAUGAGAAGGAAAGGCAUCCUUCUGCAAUACCGUCUCCGGUCCACCUCCCACCUUCCAGGGCAGCUGCUCUCAGUGCGAGAGGUGCCCCCAGGCGCUGGUGGAGGGACAACCAUGGAGCACACAGAGGAAGACGGCUCCAUCUAUGAAAUGGCUGACGACCCCGACAUCUGGGUCCGGAGCAGGCCCUGCGCAAGAGAAGCCCACCGCAAGGAGAUCUCCUCCUUGGCCGUAGUCUCCGGGGGGAGAGGCUACCGGAACUUCAACCCCAACGGGAAAUUGCCGGCCAACAGCGAAACGGAUGGCACGUUGCUCAUGUGGCAGGUCCCCUUGAUACUAUAGCACCCGUCAUCCCUCUAGUCUCCUCCUCCAUCUGCUGCUCUGAACUCUCAAGACCCAAAUGCCUUCUUUCUGGCCAUGGCUCAUGACUAUCAUGCCAAUGAGGAUGGAUCAUCCAAGCUGAGUUUUGGAUAACGUCAAAGGAGAGCGCUCCAUGUGAAUCUGAAUCUCUUUGGGAGGAUGGGAUUCGGCAUCAUGGAUAGUUCUACGUAUGAAGAAAAACAUGGGACGGGUUCACCGUAUCCCACUGACACGGGGGCCGUUCGGUCACUGCUGGUUCUUUUGUGGGGGAACUGGGAUCACUGGAACGGUGUCUCUCACACUUUCGGAUCACUCCCCAUCCUCAGAUACCUUUGCAAAAGUAACUUGCCUUGCUCCGUCUUCAAGUGGGAUGCAGGGUUCCUUUUCUUUUUUCAGCUCCCUCUUCUUUCUGUUUGGAAGCCUCUCGCGGGUGUGUUCACAUGGAUUUUCUGAGACUCGUUUUCAAAUCUCAAGCACCUUUUCUUUUCAUUUAUAGUCUUUUCUUUCGUGGAGUUGUUUUCUUUUCUUAAACAACCACUCUUCCCAGUUGGCCAUAGGAACUGGUGUGCUCCCUCCGGAUUCUGGAGCUUGCCAGAUAUCUUUUCUCUCUCUAUAAGUUCCUUUCUUUUCCUUCUCUACUCCCAGAGGAAGUCAUAAGGAUUCAUAUAUCAAGGUGUGAAUACACACACACACACACACACACACAAACAUACACGUUCUGUAUAUUAUUAUGUUGUAUAAAUAAAAGAAUCUGUAUAUAUCGGGUGCAUCUUCAGAUGCAAAAAUAAAAGUGGUUUAAAAUAAAAAAAGGGCGACGUCA